UAUCAUAUAUGGGUACAUAAAAUAUAUCGCGUUCGGUUGGUAUAUUUUGGAACGCGCGUCGUAAGAUACCGACAGUGCUUUCGGGAGUUUCGGGUUCGAUUUUUUUCGCUUCCAGCAUCCGUCGGGGCGUCAUCAGCGUCACGUCAUUUGUUUGGCGGUUCCUGACGGCUGACCUGACCGAAGUCGACCGACGACCGUUGACAGAGACAUGCGUCGCGCACAACAGGUUACAUGAUAUUUUACCAAUAUUAGGCUGAUUGGUAAAAAAAAAAAUGUUGCUCUGAAAUUUCUAAGCAGAUUCCCAGGGACGCGCGUCCGACCGGCUUGAAAGUGCCUUUGGACCGGAAGUGGAGGUACUCGCGACAGCUGGGAUGGUCGGGACGGACAAACAAACAAUAAACACAAGAGAAGCAAAUCGACAAUAGGACCGUAAACACGACGGGCAUCGACGACAAUCGGUUGAAUCUGUAACGUUCGCCCCGUCGAUUCUCGCGGGGCGAGUAUUUUUUUUUUCUCCCCGCCCUCGACAGUUCGCACACUCCCGACAUAACCAAAGCUAAGCCGAAUUUAACUUCGCAGUCGGCAGCUGAUUGGUCGUCGCGCGGCCCCGGGGUGAGCGUCGAGAGCGGAGCGUCGGAGAAGAAAAUUCCUAUACGGGCGCCCCGCCGCGCAAUAAAUGGAACAUUUGUUCGCGCCGAGGGCCGUCUUCCCGCACUGCAUCGCGCUUUACAUUGGUGCACCACUGCGCGCCGUAAGACGUCGGUAGAGAGAAAACGAUGCGAGGAGCGUUGCACAGGCACUGGUAUGUGUUGUUGUUCGUUACGAGCGUCCGCGAGGUUCAAGUGUACGAGAUGUGUUGUGCGCGGGUCUGCGAGUGAUUCGGCGUCGUCGUUGUUUCCCCCGGGCCGUGACUUCUACGCAGCACAGCCAUGAACACUACGAUAAGCACCGUGAGUGGCGGCGGCGGCGACAAGCGCCUGCCGCCGGAGACGACUGUGCAGACCGUGGCGCAAAACUUGACUACGAUGCAGCAGAACGUGCAGAGUGUGCAGAGCGUGGUGCAGAGUAGUAUACCGAGCAUACAGCCGACCCCGACGAUCGUCGGUUCGGUGGGGACACCCGGCAGUCUGGUGGGCAAGUCGGUGUCGCUCGACAUCAAUCCGAAGCUGUCCCUAAUGAAGCCCGUGGUACCCUCCGGUGCUACCUCGUCUGCGGAAGCCAGUAAAAUAACGACAACGUUAUGUUCUAUAGGCUCUACAGUAAAAAUAAUAUCACCAGGAAUAUUAAAUACGCAAACGCAAUUGUCGCCACAUCCAGUCAAUAUGCCAGCGACGUAUCAUGUACCGCGGGGACCUGCUGCGGUCGCUAAUAUCUCCGCACCCAGAUCGACAGUUGCCACUCCUAUUGUCAGGACGAACGCGGGACAGAUUGUGCCUGCUACUAGACCAGGCGGUAAUACACCAAUCUCCAAUCCCCAAUGGCAAGCCAAGACAACGUCCGUCGCGUUAUACGCGCAACCGCAAAGGCAUCCCGCGCCUUCCGUCAGCAGGGUCUCCAGGCCACCGUCGUCCACCGUGUACACGGGACAGCAGCAACGGCUGAUCACGCCAGCCAGUCAGGCAAGAUCUGUUCAAGCUACCAUGGUCACUGGUAGUCCGUCCAGGUUAAUAGCGCCCGUCUUGCAAACUAAUCUUACCAGACAUCCAGUUGCACAAAACAGACCGCCGACGCCGCAAGUAGUGACUGUGUCACAGACCUCGCAACCCACCAGAUCGUCGGCACAAACCAUUCAACCUAUCCAGACGAGCAGACCUCUGACGACGACGGGUACGACGAAACGUAUAGCUGUGUCAACGCCCAUCGUCGAGACGGCGAACAGAAUAAGCAGCACGGCUUCCACGGUUACUAUCGGUUCGGUAGAACAGGGUCGUCAAUUGUCAAUUAGCGGUAACACGGUGACCGGGCCGUCGACCGUCAGCCAUAUCGUUAUUCCUUCGCAGCAGAUACAGCAACAGCAAGGCGCGCCGCGUGUCGUUCAGACCGUCACGUCUCUGUCGAGUCUCAAUACCGUGUCGCAAGUGAUCACAACGACCGCAAAUACGCAGUCGAAUGCGAUGCGCAUACUGCAAACCGUUCCGACCACGGUCGCGAAAAUCGCGGGGAUGUCCUUGCACCCCUUGCCCAUCGCCGUGCCGGUCAGGGCCACGUCCGGUCCGAUCAAGGCUGCUCCCGCGCAGUCCCAAAAUAUUGGACAAACCGUCCAAGUGAAGCCGGCGCCACAGGCCAACUUGCGUAUGUCGUCCACCAACAGCAGUACAACCACAAGCUCCGCUCAGCCGGUUCAGGGACAGUACAUACAUCCGCCGCAUACGACCACGUAUCUCUCCUUCGAGACGACAGGAACAUAUUCACCAUUUCGACAGGCUUCGGUGCAGCCAGUGAGAUUAGUUGUUGAUCCGGGAUACGAAGAACCCCAUGGUAAACCUAACGCGUCUCCCAGACCGAGUAUUCUAAGAAAGAGAGAUCAUGACAAUUCACCAAUUAAAGGGGAGUCACAAUUUCUUGCAGGUGCAGCUAAAAAUUUAGGUCCUGUAUUAGCGUCUUUGCCAUCAAGUAGAUCAAUGUCCAGUCCGCCGUGCUCGCCGAAGGGCGAUCAGGACGGUGGUCAGAGUUCCGGGUCCACGACCGUGUCCGCUACGUCUUCGCCAGGUCUCGACGAGGAACUUGAGCAAUCCAGGAUUACGAUUAAUCCCAACAUAGAAAUGUCGCCGAGGAAAAAGCCGCGCAAGCAGCAGCUUACAGGCGUAGAAUUAACUGAACCCAGAUGUACGGAGGAAGAGAUGCAAUUUCUCACGGAGGAGAAGUUUAAGAAGGAUAGUAAAGAGGAAUCAAAAGAGAAGUUGUCCGACAAGAGGCAACUCUCCAAUGUACAAAGUGAUAUUAAAUCGUCUACUCAGCAAACAGAAAUCACAAUACGGACACGACCUGUACCAAGUUUAUUAGGCUCCUCGUGGAAAAACAGAUGGACAGUUAGAUUACAGCAUUAUAGAAGACCUACCGACGUUCGACCCCGUGAGGAGAGGAGACCAACGGUUGCUGAACUGGCGCAACAGAAACACGUAUUACAGAGACUGAAUGGAUGGAAAAUCUAUCAUCUCACUACGCAAAUGGAAGAUAUCGCGGCCCUUGAAAAACAGGUCCAUGAGAAAUUAAAAACGACGCUCACGCUACUGGAGUCGCAGCAAACCGUCAAAAGUAAACAUAACGACGGGCUCGAACGUGUGAAUGAAUUGAUUAAGGGCAACAUGCAACGGAGUAAUUUAAUCAGCGAAGGCAUGAAUGAAGCACGUACACAGCUCGUCGCUAUAUUUCAACAUAAAGGCCCUAUUACUGAUCUUUUGCAACGCUGCGGUAACAAACGGGCGCAGAAAAAGAGGGACAAAUGAGCUGUCGUGCUAAAAUACGUAGAAUCUUUAUAAACGAACUUUGUUGAGAGGAAAGUUCAAAGGGAAUAUUUUUAUCCGUGUCACAGAUUCUAUACAUAGGAAUAAAUAAAUGGUUUUAUAAGUCUAAAA